AUGGACAAUGCUCAGCGUACCCUGUACAGAGAGGUGAUGCUUGAGACCUAUAACAAUCUGCUGUCUGUGGGGUACCACAUGACAAAGCCCGAUGUGAUCCUCAAGUUGGAGCAGGAAUCAACACCAGAGAUGGUGGAAAAUUCUGUCAACCAGGGACUUUCAGAUCCCUGCAGAAAGAAUAAGCUGCUUGAAGCUAAACAGAAAAGUCAACAAAUAUUCUUCAGGAAGCCUAAUGAAAUGCCGUUUGGGAAAAAGCGUGCUUCUAAUGUCCCUGAGAAUAGCCUCCAGAGUGGGAAGAGUCUCACUCAACAGGAAAAGACACACAUUUGUCUACAGUCUUUUGAACAUGAUGGGAAAGAAAAAACGUUCAGUGGGAAGAAGAUAUUCCUUAUGUGUGGGCCAGUUUAUACUAAAGAGCCAUAUAAUAAGCAACCUGUCAAUGUGGGAGAAACAAUUCGGGUUGAGAAGAAAAUGUUCCACAACAAUCAUUUUGGCAAGCAUCAGGAAACACAAUCAAGAGGGAAACUCCAUGGACAUUUCAAGAAUGAGAAAUCUCUGAUGUAUAAGACAGAUGUCAACAUAAAUCAGAUAAGCCGGACAGCAAAAAGUCACUAUAAAUGUAACUACUGUACAAAAUCUUUUAGUUCUAAAUCUUGCCUUUCCACCAAGCAGAGAACUGACACAGGAGAACAUUUCUAUGUGUGUAAUGAAUGUAAAGAAAACAUGUACCAGAAGUCAGAGCUUCAAAGAGAUCAGAUCCAUCUCACUGAAGAGAAGCGAUAUGAAGGCAAUAAGUCUGGAGGAGCUUUUGAUGAGCAAUUAUUUGUCAAGAGACAUGAGAGAAUUCACACAGGAGAAAGGCCUUAUGAUUGUAGUGAGUGUGGGAAAGCUUUUUCUCAGAAGUCACACCUAAUCGUGCAUCAGAGAAUUCACACAGGAGAAAGGCCUUAUGAUUGUAGGGAGUGUGGGAAAGCUUUUUCUCUGAAGUCACACCUAAUGGAGCAUCAGAGAAUUCACACGGGAGAAAAGCCUUAUAAAUGUAGGGAGUGUGGAAAAGCUUUUUCUCGGAAAUCACAUCUAAACAGGCAUCAGCGAAUCCACACAGGGGAAAAACCUUAUAAAUGUAGUGAGUGUGGAAAAGCCUAUUCCAGUAACUCAGGUCUGAUUGAACAUCAGAGAAUACACACAGGGGAAAAACCUUAUGAAUGUAGUGAGUGUGGAAAAGCCUAUGCCAGGCACUCAGGUCUGAUUGAACAUCAGAGAAUCCACACUAGGGAAAACCUUUAUGAAUGCAGUGAGUGUAGAAAAGCAUUUUCUGUGAAGGCACGCCUAAUCAUACAUCAGAGAAUCCACACUGGAGAAAGACCUUAUGGAUGUACCCAGUGUGGAAAAACUUUUUCCCACCAGUCACGUCUCAUAACACAUCAGAGAAUCCACACAGGGGAAAAACCAUAUGAAUGUAGUGAAUGUGGAAAAUCCUUUAUCCAAAGUUCAUGUCUCAGAACCCAUAAAAGAAUCCACACAGGGGAAAAACCGUAUCGAUGUAGCCACUGUGGGAAAGCAUUUGCCUACAGUUCCUAUCUCAUAACUCAUAAGAGAAUCCACACAGGGGAAAGACCUUAUGAAUGUAGCCAGUGUGGUAAAGCCUUUACCCAAAGGUCAUGUCUUAUAGAACAUCAGAGAAUCCACACAAGGGAAAAACCAUAUGAAUGUAGUCAGUGUGGAAAAGUCUUCAGCAGACUUUCAGGUCUCAAGUCACAUCGGAGAAUCCACACCUAG